AACGUUGACUCAGUCAACGGUAUGAACAUCAUUUUCCCUCAUCAUUUUUCAUUAUAUAAUUCCAGGUUAAAACAUUUUGAUACUGUAGGAUUGGUAGGUUUAUUGCAGGGCAUUGACAUGCUGCAAAAAUCUACAUGAAUCGACUGUGUAGAAUAGUGUCGAUCAGCCGCUUCUGCCUAUUUUACUCUAUUUUCAGUGACCAGCUAAACACCUAAUCUAAAUUUCAUAUAUAAUUUACAAGAUGUUAAUUCCUUCUUUCUGUUUGACAAGAGUAUGAAAAUGAGACCGAUAACUCCAUCGUUGACUGAAUAUUGAUAAUCUUCAGUUAACGACUCUAUACAGUUAGAGGAUAGACCACUGAAAUGUAUGGCUGGCGAAACCAAAGGGUUAGACCACAGAUUAGACAUUGGCACAGAAUAAAAACUCUUAGACCUCAUUCUGUGACAUUAGUGACAUUGGUUCCGAAGGCGACUCUAUAAGUCUGGCUCUCGGGCACUCUCGGCUGAUCGGGUCACGUGACAUUACCUGUGUAUUCUAUUGGUUAAAAUAUUUUGAUUUCAAACAUCAGAAUCCGUUGCCCGUUCAACACAAAACAGCAGUUUGGAGGCAAGUGACCCUAGUAAAUCCGCCCUUAGUUUACCGCGUGCCUGCCAAUUUUGAUUUUAACGGAUUUCUAAGUUUUAUAUAUCAACCGCAUUGUGACUCAGUUUAAGUGGAAUUAACCAGAAUGUCGAAACACGAGAAAGACAACGUUAUUCCAGAUACCAUUCACGACGUAAAUACCGGCAAAACCUACAUCAAGGGUCGUUUUUUCGGCAAGGGUGGUUUUGCAAAAUGUUACGAGAUCAAAGAAUCCAACUGUCAUCAUGUGUAUGCUGGAAAGAUUGUGCCUAGAUCAAUUCUAACCAAGAGUGUCCAGCGAGAAAAAAUGACACAAGAAAUUCGUAUACACAAAAGUCUAUCACAUCGACAUAUCGUUGGCUUCCAUGGGUUCUUUGAAGAUAGUCAAAACAUUUAUAUCAUUCUGGAACUAUGUCGCAAAAGGUCAAUGAUGGAAUUGCAUAAAAGAAGAAAGGCUUUGACGGAAUGUGAGACUCGAUAUUAUAUGAAGCAGAUCUUAGAUGGUGUCUCCUACUUGCAUAAGAACAAAAUUAUUCAUCGUGAUCUGAAACUAGGAAACCUUUUCUUGGAUGAUGAACUGCAAGUAAAAAUUGGAGACUUUGGGUUGGCUACAAAGUUAGAACACGAUGAUGAGAGAAAAAAAACAUUGUGCGGCACACCAAAUUAUAUAGCUCCUGAAAUACUAAACAAAGCUGGUCAUUCCUAUGAAGUUGAUGUUUGGAGUAUUGGGUGCAUAAUGUAUACUCUACUUGUUGGAAAACCCCCUUUCGAAACGGCGAGCCUUAAAGAAACUUAUGCUAGGAUUAAACAAGUGCAAUACAAAAGUCCGAGUUACCUAAGCAAAUCAGCUAUGAAUAUGAUUGCCAACAUGUUACAAGGGAAUCCUACUAAACGACCUAGCGUGAACAAACUUCUUAAAGACGUCUUCUUCACCAGUGGUUUUCUACCAACGAGUCUUCCAAUAUCUUGCCUCACUAUGGCACCUCGUAUGGAUGUGCUAGAAAUGCACAAUCAACGAAAGCCCCUAACAGAAAUGAACGGAAAUGGUGGCGGAGAUGUGCAGGAUAUAUUGUUUCGAGUUCCUCGUAGUCCUGCUGUUAAAACCAAGGCCCAUGAAGUCAAUGACGAACAAAAAUUACAUCACGACAUCCGAAAAAUGUUACAAACAUUAAAAGAUCAGCUAGCAGCAGUCUUAAAAACUAAACCUGCCAGAGACACGGUCAGCAGUGGAGAUGAAAUGACGGAUCCUGACGCUCAGCCGUUUGUUUGGAUUAGUAAAUGGGUAGACUACUCGGAUAAAUAUGGUUUUGGUUACCAAUUGUCUGACAAAGGGGUCGGCGUAAUGUACAAUGACGGCACUCGUCUAAUAAUGCUUGCCAAUGGUUUCAAUGUUCAUUAUAUAAAUCGAGAAGGAACAGAGUUAUAUUAUACAGUCAAGGAUUACCCCAGCAUUUUAGACAAGAAAAUGAAACUGUUGAACUACUUUCAACGGUACAUGAACGAGCAUUUGAUGAAUGCCGGCAGCGAUAUUGCUGUCAAGCCGAUGGAUUCAAUGUCCAGAAUUCCCUACAUGCAUCAAUGGUUCAGAACACAAAGCGCUGUUGUUAUGCAGCUGACCAAUGGAUCUGUGCAGAUUAACUUCCUUGACCACACAAAGAUUAUUAUGUGCCCGCUGAUGGCUGCUGUUACCUAUAUUGACAACGAAAAGAUUUGCCGAACAUACAGAUUCCAGACGAUUCAACAGCAUGGCUGUAUCGCCGGCCUGGCAAAGAACUUGGCUUAUGCCUAUGAGAAAGUUGGUAUUAUGAUGAGUGGUACACAAUCCCGAUAGUGUUUCAAUGCCUUUAGGAUUGAUUACAAGAAUUCGAUGAUUCAUUUUGUAUGCUAUCAUUAACUUACGAGUGAGCAACACUACGUCCAGUGCAACAGAUUUUAGCAUCAUUUAAAACUUUUUUUUUACGAGAUUUUUUUUUAAUUGCUGCUAGCUAGGUAAAAUGAUAGCCUGUUAAUUUUAAUUGUUUUUUCUUUUUUAGCUAUAGGUAUAUAGUAUUUUGCUAUAAGGUAUUUUAUAUGCGCUGAAAAGCUGUGAAGAUGAUCGAUAGAACUAAGUAAAUAAAUAGAGACAAACUUUCGUUACUGUUUUACUGAUGCUGUAGGUAUUCCUAAAUGCGCAAUCUCUUUUAAUAGCAUAAUUUGUAAGAGAAACCCUCUGGCUAAUGAGGAUAUGGGAGAAAUAUGUAAUAUGUAAACGCAUCUCAAUGAAUCCUCCACAAUCCGUCAUAAAUCAAGAUGCAGCAAUUUAUUUUACAUUCCUCAACUGUAACAUGAGAAGUUUUUCAAGACCAUUAGUAGCCAUUAAGUGCCCUAUUGUAUAAUUUUCAGCAUAAUUGGCUGCCAUUAGAAAUCGAGAUACUCAAAUUUGCAAGUGACAGUUCUAUGAGACGUGAUAUUAUAAAAAAAAAUUAAAUGGACGAGUAUUACUCGGGUCUUUCAAACGUAAGAUUAUUUUGGAAAUCAUACAGAUUAAGCGUCUCGGAGAAAAAUGGAAAUAAUAAAUGAAUGGCAAACGGAAGACGAUAAAUUUUUACUCGAAUACUGCAGACGUGUAACGUAACGUUAAAAUUAUUUCAGCGGUAAUGUCAAAGUAUCUUCAACGACCCGGUUAAAUUUAAGCACCUGUAAAUACUUAGUUAUUGUUAUUAUAAACAUGUCCCUACAAGGAUCUACCUACACAGAAAUAUCAAUGUUAGCGAUUUAUGGAUAAAACGACAAUAUUUUUGAAUUACGAUUACGGAAAUUUUCCAGUACUAUAUUUUUGUGAACAAUUGUGUCGACAGGGUGUGAGAGUACAAUGUAAACUACCUACAUGUAUCAAUCUUUGUUUAUAAAUCAUCAUGUAUUCUGCAUGUUUCUAAAAUUUGAUCGCUUAUGAAAAAGUAACUUUUAAAGCGUGCUGCUAAACUUGCAGUAUUAACUGCUUGUAAAGGAGCAGAUUAUUCUUUCUCAUAUUGAUGUAAUUUCAUGAAAAGAGAGGUUGGCCAAACUCGUUUUGAUCAUUGUCAAGUGGCUCAGGAAAGUUGUAUUGAUGAUUAUUCUUAAAAGCGAAGUUUGAACCCAAUGAUCUGUCAUUUUCUCAAUGGAUAAUUUUUUUUUUACUGUAGAUUUUAGAAGCAUCGAAUAAACGAUUACGUGCAAAUAUUCA